AUGAAAUUCUACAAAAUCGUUUCAAUUCCUCGCACUGCGUCGGGAAAACCGAAACGCCUCGCCACGCUAGAUUUAUUACGCGACAAUACGGCUUGUCGACUAAUUGCCCCUCCAGUCUUCACAAGAGGUAGCAUCCAAUUUCUUGUGUUGACGGAAUGCACUGCUGUCUGUGGUAGUGGCGUUGGGUUAGAGCAAUUGGAUCCUGAUGAAUCUUUCAUGAGACUUGGGUUGAACUCAAUGAAAAGUCUUGUUCUUCGAGACAGACUCGCCUCUCUUACUGGACUGGAUUUGCCUAUAACCUUUGUUUUCGAUCAUCCUACUCCUGCAGCAGUCAGCCAAUACCUGCAGGAGAAGCUAUUCGGGACUGAAGAUAAGGACAAAGCGGCGAAAUUACCGGAAGAAGCUUCCAAGUUUGAGGGUCAAGAGCAAAUUGCUAUUGUCUCCAUGGAUUGUCGGUAUCCUGGUGGCAUUUCGUCGCCUGACGAUCUAUGGAAGGUCGUAUCUGAGGGCCUGGGCGUGACGUCAGACUUCCCCAUAAACCGAGAUUGGGAAAUUGAUGCACUAUAUGACCCAGAAUCAAACAAGACUGGCAAUUGCAUUGUGCCGAACGGGGGCUUUAUCCAUGACAUGGCCGACUUCGAUGCAGAAUUCUUUGGGAUGUCACCUCGAGAGGCCCUUGCUACUGAUCCCCAACAGAGACUCCUCCUCGAGACGACACAUUCGCUGAUUGAACGAGCUGGUAUUGCUCCAGUGUCGCUUCGUGGUACUUCGACGACGGGUGUCUUCAUUGGGGUCAUGUACAAUGACUACGCCAGUCGCUUGAAUAUAGGAAAUGGAGAAGCCGGCGAACACGAAGCCCAUAUUGAUAUCGGGUCAUCACUAAGUGUUGCCGCUGGUCGCAUUUCUUAUUCAUUUGAUUUCAAAGGACCCUUCCUAGCCAUUGAUUCCGCAUGCUCCUCGUCGAUUAGUGCGAUUCAUAUUACUGCCGCGUCUUUGCUGACAAGAGAGAGCGACCUGGCCAUUGCAGGCGGCGUAGCUAUCAUGUCUACACCGCGCACAUUUAUCUCUUUCAGCAGACAAGGAGCUCUAUCAAAAGAUGGAUACUGCCGACCAUACUCUGCAGAUGCGACCGGAACUAGCUUCUCCGAGGGCCGUAAUCCGUGGAUCUGCUAUAAAUUCAGACGGUGCCUCUCUCGGUUUAACCGCCCCAAUGGAAAGGCCCAAAAAGAUGUAAUAAGCUCAGCGCUGAGGCGUGCAGCAUUGUCACCGGCGGACGUGGAUGUUCUCGAUGGACAUGGCACUGCGACAGUUCUGGGAGACCCAAUCGAGCUAGGGGCAGUGCUUGAGGCCUGGAAAGACAGAAAUGCAUCCAGUCCACUACUUAUUGGAUCCGUGAAGUCAAAUCUAGGUCACACGCAGGCUGCAGCAGGUAUGGCAAGUGUGAUAAAGAUGGUCAAAUCCAUGCAACAUGGAAUUGCACCCGCAUCGCUGCAUAUCUCGAAGCCAACACCGCAUGUGGACUGGAAAAGCGGCUCUGUUGAAAUACUUUCUGAGGCUAGGAAGUGGCCAUCUACUUCUAAAUCCUUUGGCCUCAGCGGCUCAAACGCCCAUAUUAUCCUAGAACACGUUGAUUUCAAACCCGAACAAAAUCAAGAAAACUUGCGUGCAAAGUCUAUGAACGCCUAUCCUUGGCUCCUGUCUGGUGCGAGCGAUGCGGCACUGAGGGCCCAAGCGCGUAAUAUGAUACCUCUGUGCAGGACCGAAGAUCAUCUUGAUGUCGCAUUCUCGCUCGCUACCACACGAUCACAUUACUCCAACAGGGCAGCCGUGACAGCUCUAUCGGCUGACGGGAUACAACAAGCAUUAGUGGCCCUUGCUGGAGGUCGAACACAUUCAGGUCUCUUCACCGGCCUGGCCAAGGCUGGGAGAUUGGGUCGUUCUCAAUCCCAAUCACCACUGGCAUUUAUCUUCUCCGGUCAAGGAAGUCAGCGAGUUGUCAUGGGCCGGAAGCUGUGUGCAGGCUUUUCUUGCUUUAAAGCAGCCUUUCACGAGGCGUGCAAAGAAUUAGACUCGCGUCUUGAGCGCCCACUAUCUGAAGUGAUCAAUGUUUCCGGAAACAAUGAGGAGUGCAAUUUGAGCCUUCUGGAUCGUACCGACUUUGCUCAAGCUGCAGUCUUCGCUUUCGAAGUAGCCUUGUACCGUCUGUUGGAGUCGUUUGGUAUUCGACCAGACUACGUGGCAGAUCAUUCACUAGGCGAGAUAUCUGCAGCCCACGUUGCAGGUUAUCUUUCUCUUACAGAUGCUGCCACUCUAGUGACUGCAUGGGGAACUAUCAUGGCCGCUUUGCCUGAAGGAGGGUCAAUGCUUAGCAUCUCGGCUACCGAAGAUGAAAUCAUUGAGAUGCUAAGGGAUAUGGAUCUGGUAGCCACUACUGCAGUUGCUGCUAUUAAUGCUCAAGAUUCCAUUGUAGUAUCUGGCCCAACCGAUGACAUUAUUGCCAUCAAGGAUAUUUUUGUUACCCAAGGGCGUCCGACAACUCAGCUCAGGGUUAGCCACGCUUUCCAUUCCCCAAUGAUGGCACCAGUCCCGGCUCCUCUACAUGAAGCAAUCGCUCAUAUCUCUCCAUUGAGGAGCAACGCUAGUCGCAGGAUCCAAAUGGUAUCUACAGUGACAGGGAAAUUAGUGAACGCUAAUGAUCUCACAACCGAUCACUGGCUCCGCCAUAUUCUCUCCCCUGUCCGGUUCGCAGAUGCUAUUGUCACACUUUCUAGCAAUGAAGUUAGUACGUUCGUCGAGAUCGGUCCCUCAAUACCACUCUCACGUUAUCUGCCCGAUGGAAUUCCAACAUCUAGUAGCAAACGAGACGAAGCCAAUGCCCUACUCAUGGCACUCGGCCAGCUCUGGGUUUAG